UCUCUCUCUCUCUCUCUCACACACACACACACACACACACACACACACACACACACACUCACACACACACACAAGUAGCUAGCUGCUUGUUGGUAUUAAAAAGAGAGGACACUAGCAAGUAGUAGUAACAAACAUAACAAAAUUAGAAGAUAAGAAGCAUAACAAAGGCAGCUAGCCAGCUUAUUCACACACACUAUAGCAAAAGGAGAGACAAAAAGCUGGUGGUGUUAGUUAGGUAGCUGAGCUGAACAAAGAUGGAAGAGGUGUUGUAUGGGUUUAAGUUAGUAGUGAUGUUUUUCAUGGUGUUGGUUUUAUUGCUGAAGGUUGGGGUGUUGCUUUGGUGGAGGCCCAGAAAGAUUGAAGACCAUUUCUCAAGACAAGGAAUCAGAGGACCUCCUUAUCGCUUCUUCAUAGGCAAUGCUAAGGAACUUGUCACUUUAAUGCUCAAGGCUUCUUCUCAACCCAUGCCUUUCCCUUUCUCUCACAAUAUUCUCUCUAGAGUCCUCCCCUUCUACCAUCACUGGAAGAAAAUCUAUGGUGCAACAUUUCUUGUGUGGUUCGGACCCACGGUCCGUCUGACAGUCUCCGAUCCAGACCUAAUCCGAGAAAUCUUCACUUCCAAGUCUGAAUAUUAUGAAAAGAAUGAGGCUCACCCAUUAAUCAAACAGCUUGAAGGUGAUGGACUUCUGAGUCUCAAAGGCGAAAAAUGGGCCCACCAUAGGAAAAUCAUCUCUCCUACCUUCCAUAUGGAAAAUCUCAAAUUGUUGAUACCGGUGGCGGCGAGUAACUUGAUCAAUAUGCUGGACAAAAUGUCAGAUUCCGACGAAGUCGAAAUUGAAGUCUCGGAAUGGUUCCAAACAUUGACGGAAGAUGUUAUCACCAGAACCGCCUUUGGUAGCAGCUACGAAGAUGGAAAAGCCAUUUUCCGAUUACAAGCAAAGCAAAUGCUCCUAGCAUCCGAGGCUUUCCAAAAAGUUUUCAUCCCUGGCUUUAGAUUCCUACCUACGAAAAGGAACAUUGAGUCUUGGAAAUUGGACAAAGAGAUUAAGAAAUCUCUAGUGGAGCUUAUCGAUCGGAGGAAAGAAAAUUGGGGGAAGGAAAUGCUGGAAAAUGGUCCCAAGGACUUGCUGGGACUUAUGAUACAAGCUAGCAUGAAGGAAUCGGUGAAAAGGAAGGAAUUGAAUUCCUUUCCCUCGUCGUCGUCGAAGAUCACAGUCAACGACAUUGCGGAAGAGUGCAAGACCUUCUUCUUCGCCGGCGAACAGACGACGUCGAACUUGUUGACGUGGACGACAGUUUUGCUAGCUAUGCACCCACAGUGGCAGGUGCAGGCACGUGACGAGGUGCUCAAGGUGUGCGGACCACGUGACGUACCUACAAAAGAUGAUGUUGUCAAGCUUAAGACGCUUAGCAUGAUCCUGAAUGAGUCCCUGAGACUUUAUCCACCAAUAGUUGCAACGAUCAGACGGGCAAAAGCAGAUGUAGAGCUGGGAGGAUGUAAGAUUCCGUGUGGGACCGAGCUUUUAAUCCCAAUCGUAGCCGUUCAUCACGAUCAGACGAUAUGGGGCAAGGAUGCCAAUGAAUUCAACCCCGCUCGAUUCUCGGAAGGGGUGGCCCGCGCAGCCAAGCAUCCAGUGGCGUUCGUUCCUUUUGGGCUUGGGGUCCGCACCUGCAUUGGCCAGAAUCUCGCCAUAUUGCAGGCUAAACUAACUCUUGCGAUCAUACUCCAACGGUUCACUUUCCGACUGGCCCCCACUUAUCAACAUGCACCAACGGUGCUGAUCCUCCUCUACCCACAAUAUGGUGCACCCAUCAUUUUUCGACGCUUGUCUGACCCAACAAGUAAUAAAGAUCAAGGGUCCUAAAUUAGCAUCAGCGUUAGGCGUUACGUAUGGGUUUUGUGUGUGAGCGCACAUAUGGUUGCAUUCUUGAAUUGCUUGCUAUAUAGGAGAAUUAAGUAGGAGAAUUAAUUUCCUUCCUAUUUGGGUCUCUUCUUCAUCAUUUAGCUAAUUACUAUACUAACCCCAAGGCCAAGGUGGGCCAACUCAAUGUUGUAGUCUAGCUUACUGGCAUGUAAGCUUGGUGCUAGUUUUUUGCAUUGGUAAUAGUAGUGUUGAUGGCGGCUAAUUGUUCUCUCAUUUUGUAUAUAUGUGCUAAAUUUCUAGUACAGUUUUGUAGAAGUCAAAAUUUAAAUUAAGGAUGUGACAUAGUUGCUUGUGAUUA